GAAAUUGAUAAAAUAAUAAAUAAUUUGAACAAUAUGUCAAAAAUUACGUACGACUAGAUAAUUCAGUGUUGCUGUAUGGGUGGAGGCCUGGACCUUAAAGAAAGACAUAAGCGAUCGACUUAAAGCAUUCGAGAUGUGGACCUGGCGAAGAAUAUUAAAAAUAAGUUGGGUAGAUAGAAUAACAAAUGUUGAGGUCAUCAGAAAGAUGAAAAAGGAUAAGGAAACCGAGGCCACAUUACGGAAUCUUGUAAUGAUCGGCAGUUGCCCCUGAGCUAGAAAGAUUUUUGCCUUUGUUGUAUUUGUCCCAUUAUAAUUCAAAAUUGCCAAUUAACUAAAGAACGAGAAGAAGAAGUAGAGGCAGAUUGUGUAAUGGUCGACAGUUAUCCCUGAACGAGAAAAGUUUUUACCUUUGUUGUAUUUGUCCGAUACCAACUCUAAAUUGUAGGUGAAUAAGGGAUUUUUUCUUUAUGCCAAAACGAUGGACUAGCCAAAUACUCAUGCAGGUAGAGGCCAAUAAACCAAAGAAGAAGAAGACGUACAUAACCUAUUGAAACUAGGUUUGAAAGAACGUCAUACUAUGUAGAAUUAUGACCGAAGUUAACUAGCUGACGUUUAAAGGUAUAAAGGUGGAAACUAUCCAUAAUGGUAAUGUAAAUUAUAAGUUAAUACCGGUAAAAUCCCACCUCCAGUAGUUUCAUUCCUUUUUAUCUUACAACUUAAUACAUUUUCCAUCUUUUGAGCUAUUUUGCCGGUUAUUAGCGCGCUCAUCACUGUAUAUACGGAUUCCAUGAAAAAUAUUGACAUUUUGUGAAUAAAGUUUGUAGUUGGAUGAACUGGAGUGGUUGAUCAAGGUUAUCUAAAAAUAUUUUCAGUGCGUGAAAACCCUGUGUAACUAAACUACAUUUUCAUUAUAGUGUUUUAUCAAAUUAUUAAGAACGGCGAACAAAUAAUAUAUCUUUUAUUUUGAUUUCAAGAAAGUAUAGCAUCUCUUGAACUAUAAGGUUUAUAUUGGUCAGAAACUCAUAGUCUUUCAAUAUGGCGGGGUCCAAUAUAGAAGAUAAGAUGAAAAAUUUAAACUUUAACUCUGACAUCAACAUACUACUAUUAGGUCAAUCAGGUGUUGGCAAAUCAACGUUAAUCAAUGCUUUCGCCAACUAUCUAACUUUUACUGAUCUGAAGGAAGCGAAAAAAAAUAAACCAAUGGUACUAAUUCCUAGCAAGUUCACUAUAUUUGAUAAAGAGGGGGAUAUGCAUGAUAUUACUACAGGAGAUCCAGAUCAAAACGAAUAUAUACAAACUGGAGAAUCUGCUACCCAAGACGUGAAAACUUAUGUUUUUCCAAUAUGGGAUGGGGCAAUAAAAAUACGUCUCAUUGACACUCCAGGAAUGAUUGAUAACAGAGGAAUAGAUCAGGACGAUAUAAAUGCCGAAAAUAUCUUAAGAUAUAUUGCCAAUUUACAUGAACUGCAUGCUAUUUGUUUCCUUUUAAAACCUAACGAAGCCAGAUACACAGUCUUUUUCCAAUACUGUAUGAAUCAAAUUUUUUCACGCUUGGAUAAGACGGCAUGCGAUAAUAUCAUCUUUUGUUUUACACAUACGAGAGGAUCAGAUUAUGGAGCUGGAGAAUCCAUUAAAAUAUUGGAAAAGGCAAUAAACGAAAUUGCCAGCCGCCCUCCUUAUGCUAAAAUUAGUAUGAAGAGAAAUAUUUUUUAUUUUGAUAACGAACCUUUUAAAUAUCUCACAGCCGUUCAGAAAGGUAUUCGUUUUGAUUCUAACAUCAAAGAAAGAAAUAAAGAGAGCUGGGACAAGUCUGCUCAACAGAGUUGGAGGUUAAUUAAAUAUAUAACUGGAGAUAGCAAAAAUAAGCCGCUAAGGCCUCACUAUGUAAAGAGUACAACCGCUAUUAACGAAGCGAGAAGAAUGAUCACUCAACUGUCACAACCUCUGGCAGAAAUAACCCAAUUAAUACAUCACAACAUGAGUGUUUUAGACAGACACAAGGAAGUAUUACGAAAUGCUAAUGAAUCACUAGAAGAAAUGAAAAGCAAGCUUUAUAUGCCAGUGAUUGCUUUGGAAAGUACUUCCUUAAGCCAACCUGUAACAGUUUGUGCAGAAAGAAAGUGUUGCGAAGUUUACAAGGUAGGCGGAAAUAAUGUUUUUCAUUAUAAACAGAGAUGUCACGAUCCGUGCCACUUAAAACAAGUUCCUAAAGAAAUUAUUGGUGCAGCUGAACUAAUACAUUGUGCGGCGAUGAACGGAACCUCAACUUGUAUUAAGUGCAUGUGUGAUUUUAAAGUGCACAUGCAUGUGUAUUAUCUAACAAAAACUGUACAAAAAGAAGAAGUUGAUGAAAAUAUCCAAAGAAACAUAACCAGCAAAGAGGAUUUGAUAAAAAGUAAACAACUAGUAAUAAGAAAUAUAGAAGUAAAACAUAGUGAGUUACAUAAUGAACAUCAAGUUGUUGUAGAAGCUUGUGCUAAAUUCGCUCACUUCUUACAAAACAAUGCUAUCACUCCGUUCAAUGAUUCCUACAAGGAAUAUAUUGAGUAUCUCGUUAACAGAGAAAGGUCAUUGGGAAGAGACUGUAACAGAGAAACUGUCAGUCAUCUUGAACAGCUUUUGCGUCAAUACGUAGAAAUUAAAAAACGUUUCGACGAAGCUCUUAAGAGUAACAAAGCCAUCGGCAAAGAUGCAGUCAUUACUGCUCAAGAUGUGCAUGAAGCUAUUAAUAAAUUGUAUGGUUUAAAGCAUAAUGGCAAAAAAAUUAAAGAGCUAUACACUUGUCAGAAAAAUUCAAGAACCAAGGAAUUCAAAAACACAGAAUAUAUUCACAAAAUGACGAGCAAGCCCAAAGAAAAAAAUGAAGACAAGAAAAAGAAGGACCAGAAACAAAAAUCUGAAAGAGAUGAUAAGGAUAGUGAUAAAGAAAAGAAAAAUAAAAAUAGAGAUAGGAGUCAAACCAGGAAACCCAAUAAAGACAGAAACAGAAAUGAAAUUAGAAAUCGUAGUCCACCACCAAAUUACAAUGAAGCUACUAACAGAAGACCACAAAAUGCUAAUCAAUCAUACAUACCACCUCUAUUGCCUCCGGGUCCAUUCGGACCCCCUCCACAAGGUGCAUAUGGCGCUUUUCCACAACCAUACGGUCCUCCACAAGGCGGAUAUGGGUAUGGGCCGCAAGGAGGAAAUGUCGGUCCUUCCCAAUGGCGAUCGGGGAACCAAUCAGGCUCUAACAAUAGCGCACCGGAAUACGAUAUAAAGAUAUCCGUUAAAAAUAACGAUGGUCCUGAAUCCGGGCCCAGAGGUGCAAAUAGCCCAUCGUAUAAUCAGCAAUGGUUUCCUCCCCAAUUCCCUAAUCAAUAUGGCCAACAUCCACCCAAUUGGAACCAACAACCUCCAGCAAAUUGGAAUUCACCAAACUGGAACCAGCCUCCCGCGAACUGGAACCAACCUCCCGCGAACUGGAAUCAACAUAAUUAUCAUCGUGGAGUUAACAGACAAGGACCAAGAAAUCAACAAGGUAGAGGUAGAGAAUAUCAUAACAGAGGAAGAGGAGGUGUACAGAAAAACAAGACAGGUCCACGAGGAAAGAACAACGAUCAAAGAAAGUCAGACAACUCCAAAAAGUCUUCAAAAGGCAAGCCAAGCUCCUCCUCCAACCGUAGCUCCUCCGACUCUAGCAAAUCCGAUUCAGAUUAAAACUAUCGUUCUUUUUUUAUUGAUAUAUUUGUAAGUGUUUUAGUAUAAGUACCGUUCGCUCACCCGAAACUCUAAUUAAUAAGAUUAGUCAUUUUAUUAUUAUAUUUACCGAACUUUAAAAUUAUUUGAGUUCAGCUGUAGUACCAAAGCUUAAGUUUUCUAGUUAUCUAUGUGAAACAAAUAAAAUAAUUGUUAACAGUUGACAAGUAUAAUAGCGCUUUUCAUCGCUUCUCAUUUGUUUCGGGCACUUGCCAUGCGUCACAGAAGCGAUGAAAAAGCCUAUGGUGGGUAAUCAAGAUGUUGAUCAGAUCAAAAAGUCGCUACAUUAUCUUCAAAACGUUAUAUAAUGCGUUACAACAUGGCAACACGAUGCUCACAUCUCCACUAUCGAUGGAAUGAAUGAAUUUGAUUUUGUGAUUUUGCAUCUACUCGUGCAACAUUCUAAAUCUGUCCCAACAACAUCGUAUCUGUCGUAACAUCUCAACUAACAAACAUGAAUGCAAGACUAUUAUUAACAUAAGUAUCUACCUCAUAUUUCACGGUACCUCCGUCCUUUUCCUGAGUCUUCUUGACAGGCCACUCUUCAUCGCCGUGCACCAACGCAGACAUCACCACACUCUUGUGUAUCUUUCCUUUCGGUCCUUCCCCGAUUUAUCAAUCACAUAGUAUCCCGUUGAUUCGCACCCAGUCAAACCAAAGCCUUUAUCAUGUGGACAAUUUCUUGAUCUGGUGUCACAUUUUCUAGUCCUAGUUUAUAUUAUCAUUACUCGUCCUAGUUUUCUCCCAGCAAUCCGGUGUUUCCAACUAUUCCUGUUCCGUUUCUUCAAUAGCCCUUUUCCAAACCUACAUUUUUUGCUCUCCUCGACUAACACGGUUCAUCCGCAAAAGCAUUGACCACAGAGCCUGCAGUCAGUACAUCGAUAACAGAGGAACUUAGUGAAGAGCCUUGAUGCAAAUCAACCGUCACUAGAAAACGUUCUGUCAAUCCGACGCAAGUUCUUACUUUGAUGUACGCUCUCUCAUAAGUAUCCUUCACGAGCUUUACGUACUUGUCAGAGAGAACCCAUUUCUCUCCCAUACAUCUCCAUAGCUCUUUUCGUCGUAUUUCUCUAUCAACCUCUUGUUGUCCUCUUUCUUGGCAUAAUCAUAAAUUGUUCUUGUCCUAUCUAUGUGUUUCUCGCAAGUUUUCAUUGUGUGCGACAUAAACUUUAUCACUCUAUAGUUCUUACAGUUCUGAAUGUCAUCUUUAUCUUUAUACAGUGGUACCUGUACGCUCUCUAUCCAUCCCUUCUUCGUCACAUCCUAUUUAUUAUUUGUCACAAUAUAUCAACCCCUUCCUCUUCUAUGACCUUCCAAACCUCUAUAGGUAUUCUAUCAGUUCCUAACCCCCUUAAGAUUAUUAUUCACUAUUCAUUUAUCAUUCAUUAUGCCCCUAUUAAAAGCCUUGACAACCUCAUCUCUCGUUUCUCCCGGUAUUACAUUGUUAUUUGGGGUCCCGCAUAUUCUGUCUCUCCUCUGGUAUUCUUUAUUUCAGCAUUUGCCGUAUUUUUUUCCUUAAACUCUUCCAGGACUCUACUCUUGAACACUUUUCCCAAAUCGUUAUUCUUUAACUUCCACCGUGUGUAUCCACUUUACAGUUUAUAACUGUUAUCUGUUACCACUGUAUCCUGGUAAUGGUAUGGCAACUGCAUCCACUGUUUAUCACGUUGGUACCUUUUUUAACUGGCUUCUUCUACGCAGCACCUACCUGAGGCCGCCUGAGGGGCGGUCGUAGGCACAUAUCGCACCUUUGGGGAAACACUGACGCAAGUGUUUCCCCAAAGACACUUUCCACAAAUUGAGUUACCAACACUUCGAUAUUCCUAUUACUCAUAUUUGUCUGGAGAAUGUCAGAAUCAUAACUCUCCUCCCUAUUUCGCUAGAUGACGUGUAUGUCGUUGUUGAAUUUCCGUCUUUACCUGCUCUCUUAGUGCAACAACGUCAGAUUGUCAGUUGUGCAUGAUACAACAUUAGUAUGCAAUGAUAGAAUCAAAUUAUUAAAUUUUUGGAGAAACAAUGACAUAUUUGCUAAUUUUUUGAGAAACAAUGAUAUAUUUGCUAAUUUUCUCCCCUUUCACGCGACAUUAAGAGGGGAUGUUUAAGAAAAAUCCUAAGAAAACUUUAUACAGUGAUGAGUGCGCUAAUAACCAGCAAAAUAACGCAAAAGGCGGACAGCAUAAUACGUUGUGAAAUAAAACGAGAUGAAACUAGUAGAGGUGGGAAAUUAUCAAUAGAAACCUAUAAAUUUACAAUAUAUUGAUAGUUUCCUACCUUUAGACGUAUGGGAGGUGUUUGGUAACUGCCACUGUGACAGGAAAAUUUUAUAAAAUUCUUGUUUAAAGUUUUAUAAAAUUCUCCUGUGACUCCCGAUACGUCUAAAUGUGAGAAACUAUCAAUAUAGUAUAAAUUUAUAGGUUUCUAUUGAUAAUUUCUCACCUCGACUAGUUUUAUCUCUUUUUAUUUUACAACGUAUUAUGUUUUCCGUCUUUUUCGUUAUUUUGCCGGUUACUAGAGCACUCAUCACUGUAUAAUAUAGGAUACUGUAAUGACUACAAACCGUGGACAAUAAAUUUCUACUUUCUCUUGUGAUUUGCAUGUCAUUUUUGGCCUUAACUAAUUUUCAAAACUAUAAAUGCGUUUUCUCAACAAAUAUGCACUUACGUCAGUGCUUCUCCAAAGGUGCGAUAUGUUCACGUUUGUAUCGCCUGUGUUCAGUUGGACCCUCAUUAUUGUAUCACUUCGUCUGCUUACCCUUACCACAUGUUAGACUACUUUUUAUAUUCUUGCUGUAUUUGUUUGGAGAGAUGUUCAUUAUUCAACGACGUUUUGAAUUUAUAAUAAAUUCAAUAAUUAUUCAUAAUAAUUAUUUCACAGAUUAAGUACUACGAAUUAGUCAAAGAUUGUCAAUUUCAAAUUACAAUUUUCUUGCAAUACUUUGACUAAACAUGUUUUCCAAACCACUGAUUACCAAUAAUAAAACAUUUUUUAGGGUGAGCGAACCUUCUUUUAUAAGCAUUGUUGUAUUUGUAAUUUAAAAAACUGCUACAUUUAAUGAUUUUCUGGAAGAUAGUGCCAGGUUGAUGGUGAAGUGCCUCGAAACGUUUAUCGUUUAAUAAGAGAUUGUAUUGAAAUAUCUCUAAACAUUUUAUGAGGACUAAUAAUAAGUUUAGUUCUUCAUGUAUUAGUCUACCUUGCACUAGGUUUUAAUUAUAAAUAAAGCGCGAUAGUGUCCUUAUACUGAACGUUAUAGAGAAAAUGUACUGUUUUUUCAUAACGAGGUAGUAAAAAGGCACAAAGGCAUUUUACACAACAAAUUCUCAAGUGAAAAAAUUUGUUCUGGCUAGAAUUUUACAGGUAUGAAUCUGCCAGUCUAGAUUGCAUCGUAUUUUAGAAAGUAUUUAUACAAAAUAAUGAAAUUUAUUAGUUUUAGUAUUUUAAGAGUUCGUUUUUAAGGGAUAAUGAACACCGCAUAUAUCUUAUGGAAAAUAUAAUGUCACUCAAAUGCAAUAAAAUUUACAUGAAUAGAUUCGUCUCGAAAUUACAAUGAUUUCAUAUCAUUGCGCCAACUACGAAUUUUGACUAAUAACGGCGUAAAUUGUAAUUAAAGUUUAUGGAAAUCACAUUUUUGAAGUCCAUAAAACUUGUUGUUUUCACAAAAUAUUAUUAGUCUAGUCGCUAUUGAAAACAGCUUAACUUAAUGUGAGCUAAGCCGAUUAGAGGAAUUAUGUACUUUGGUAGGACUGACCAAAUUAUACCUACCUACUUUAUUAUCUAUAAGAUAAGAGUAAGCUUCUGCCUUAAUCUUAAUACACAAAAUCUGUUUUCACUCUACACUCACGUACAUAUCCAUUUGAUUUUAGAUUUAUAUAUGUAUAUAUAAUCAUUUCGAGACGAAUCUAUUCGCGGUGUACUUUACUUUAAAAAUAAAUUUGUUAAAGUGUUACGAAAACAAAAUGUAAGACUGGUCCUUAGUGAGGCCCUGUUUAAUUCUGCGUUCAGGUUUAUGAGCUUUUGUUUGUGGAUAUUUGCGCAAAUAUUAAAGUAUAAAGUGCAGUAAAGUGUCCUUAAAUCGAAACUUAUACAAUAAAUAAAGUAUUAUUUUUGGUAAAGUUUAUGAUGUUAAAAAGGGCAUUAGAUUAAGAUAGUAGUCGCGACCUUUUUAUAGGUUUUUUACAAAGUACGAAUUUGAGUAUUUGUUAGUAUUUAAUUCGAGAGUAAAGAUUGUAUAAAUUCACUCUCGUACUAAUAUUAAUAAAAUGACUGUAACUGGGAUAAAUAUAAUGAUGAUACUCUGUACGACUCACAUUACUUGAAGGUUGAAGAGCACUUAAGGCUAGGGCUCCACGAGCUACAGAUUUACGCUAGCAGUAGAUGUAAAAUGAAGCGUGAUAAAUGAAAACAACGGCGAUAAUACUGAGCGACUCCACUGAGAUGUAGACUGUCGCUCCAGAGGCGCAUCGUCAAGGUCAUGUCUUAGACGAAUAGGUCCAGACCUAUUUUUUAUCAGAAGUGCAAAAAAAUUACUGUUGGUCUUCGGCCUUUCUUUAUCUGUUCAGUAUAGGCUUCCUUCAUUGCUCUUCAGUUUUCUCUAUUUCGAUUUAGCCGGUACCAAUUUAGUCCCACUGUUCUUUGUAAGUCCUCGAUAGUACCCUCUUUGUUGCUGUCUUCCUACGCUUUUUUCUUUCUCCCCAUGGAUUCCAUCUAACCAUCCAUAUUUCUACUCCAGAACUUCCGGCCCAGUUCCAUUUUAAGGAACAUACUCUUUGUAUUAUGUCUUAGAAUUUUAUCCAACGCCUAAACCAUUUGUUAGUUUUUCUAUUUCUUAAAAGUUAUUCUUAGAAGUUUUUUUUAUAACUUUCUGUUUGUAGUUUAGUUUGAGCCAUAUGUGGUGACACAUUCAUUGUGAUGUUGCGUCAAACUAUGUAGGGGAAAGUUUUAGAUCGUCCUAAAACCAACUAGGUGAUACUUAAAGUUGGUUUUAAAGAAAAAGAAGUGUAAAGAAUGAAUGUCGCAAAAAUAACUUAAAAAAUUCAUGUACUGUGUGAAGUCAAGCUAAACAUAUGUUGAUGCCAAUUAUACAUCCAAAAAUUACUGUUCUGCUGUUUAAGCCCCACGUUGGGUGCCAUUAUAGUAUAUUUUCAAUAUAGUUUUGGUUAUUUUUCAUUAUGUGGAAUUUUUUGCGUUUUUAACUUGCUAUGACCCCAAUACUUCAAUAUUUAUUAUCUAAAAUUUUGAAGCUUUAAUUAUUGUUACAUCAUACCUUUCCAAAGUCAUAAACUCCAUACUUCUUCUUCUUCUUCUACGGCACUACAGCCCAAAUUGAGCCUUGGCCUCCUUUAUUUUUUGCCUCCACCCUUGCCUGUCUGUGGCUGCUCUUCUCCAUACACGGACUCCUAAAAGGGCUUGUGCGUCGCUGUUUACUGUGUCUUCCCAGCGCUUUCGUGGCUUCCCAACCGGUCUCUUUCCUUGCAUUCUAGCAUUCAGUGCUCGUUUUGGUAGCCUAUCCUCUCCCAUUCUUAUCACAUGUCCGGCCCAUUGCAAUCUUUGUAAUCUAAUGAAGUCUGACAGGGGCGUUUCCUUAUAAAGUUGAUAAAGCUCGUUGUUGUAUCGACUUCUGAAGAUUCCGUUUUCCCUCACAGGUCCUAGUAUUCUCCUAAGUACUUUCCUUUCGAAUGUGUCGAGUUUGUUUUUGGAUGUUUCUUUCAGCACCCAGACUUCACUGCCAUAGCAUGUUAUUGGUCGAAUUAAGGUUUUAUAGAUUCUCAUCUUUGUAUUUCGGUGGACACUUUUUGACCGAAAUAUAUGGGAGAGGGCAAAAUAAGCUCUGUUUGCCUGCGUUAUUCUCUUCCUUAUUUCUCCAUCUUCUGAUCCGUCGGCAUAUAUUUCUACUCCCAGGUAUGUAAACUUUUCAACCGUUUCAAUGUCAUCUUCAUGUAUAAUGUUUUCUGGGACUAUAUUUCUUCUCGUCUGAGUCAUUAUUUUUGUUUUUUCUGUGUUAAUUUCCAGACCUAGCAUUUUUGUUUGUGUUUUUAACUCUGCAUAUGUUUCCUGUGCUCCUGUUGAUGUUCUACUCAUAAUAUUAAUAUCAUCAGCAUAAGCGGCCAGUUGAACCGUUCGGUUGAUCAGUAGAUUUCCUCGUCCAGUUUGCAUUUGCCUAACCGCAUACUCCAGUGCCAGGUUAAACAAUGUUGGGGCCAGCCCAUCUCCCUGUUUUAGUCCCUGCGAAAUGUUAAAAAAGUCUGUCCGGUGGUUUUGUAUUCGUACACAUGCCUGAGUUUCAUCCAUUGUGGCUUUAAUGAGUCUCAUAAACUCCAUACAUAUUUGUAUUAUUAAACAAAGAUCACAUUGGCACAGUCUGCAGGGGUCUAUUUGUUUUAGUAAGAAAGUUUUUUUGCGUCAUGUCUUAGUGCAUUUUUUAUCGCAUUAAGGUCAGAACUUUUGACCACCAUUGGAGAAAAACAGCAUAUUUGGGGAACAUACAUUCAUGAUAAGUACGAGUUGUUACAGUUUGUCAAACUUGUUCCUAGGUUUGACAAACUAUGCAGCUGAUUAUAAAGGGUAACAUCGAAGGAAAAGGGAUCCUGGUAGACGACAAAUGUGCGAUGUGGAUGAAAAACAUGCGCGACUGGACCGGGCUUUUAAGAAAAGCAGAAGAUAGCGACAAAUUUGCAAUGGUUAUAGCCAACCGUCAUUAGUGGAGUCGACAUUAGAAGAAGAAGAAUUAAGGUCACCGUGUCGAUCUGUUAAUAUCUGUAGUUGAACUCAUGAAAAUCUUUUCAGGUAUUAGUCCAAGAGGCAGCGCUGAAAAAUCUCGUUGAAUUUACUAAAGCUAGAUUUUUAACAGUUGAUUACUGUGAUUGUGUAGAGAAACACACUGCGGUCGGCCAAGCGAAACGUAGAACAGGGGUUACUGAGAGGGUAUCAAUGUUGCUUUCCUACGAAGGUAAUUAAACCCAUUUACUAAGGCUGAAAAUCAGUACACACAUAAAUUAAAUAUAAAUAAAAGUUAUUAUAGUCGGUCAUAAAUAUGACGGGACAGAGCUGGUCGGUCGGCCCCAGUGAAUGUACAGGGUUAUUCACUAUAUUUUGACCCCCUUGUAAACUGCUUUAUUUACAGAAUUUGAAAAAAAUGGAAAAUACAAUUAUGAUUUUUUGACAUAUAUAUCGUACUAGUGACGUCAUCCAUUUGGGCGUGUUGACGUAAUCGACUAUUUUUUUAAUGGGAAUAGGGGUCGAGUGCUAGCUCAUUUGAAAGGUUAUUCAAUUCCUUAUUCAGUAAUAUAAAUAUUAACAUGAUUAUGUAAUUAUACAGGGUGUCCAAAAAAAAUUUUUUAAUUAAAUUACAUAAUUGUUUAAUUAAUAAUUAAAAAAAAAAUUUGGUCACCCUGUAUAAAUAAUGAUAACGUUUAUAGUACUGUAUAGAGAAUUGAAUAACCUUUCAAAUGAGCUAGCACACGACCCCUAUUCUCAUUUGAAAAAUAGUCGAUUACGUCAUCACGCCCAGAUGGAUGACGUCACUAGUACGAUAUAUAUGUCAAAAAUCAUAAUUAAAAAUCGAAUAACUUUUGUAUUUUACAUUUUUUUUAAAUUCUGUAAAUAAAGCAGUUUACAAGGUUGUCAAAAUAUAGUGAAUAACCCUGUACAUUCAUUGGGGCCGACCGACCGGCUCUGUCCCGUCAUACAGCUGACCGACUAUAAUAACUUAUUUAUAUUCAAUUAAGAAUGUGUGUACUGAUUUUCAGCCUUAGUAAAUGGAUUUAAUUACCUUCGUAGGAAAGCAACUUUGAUACCCUCUCAGUAACCCCUGUUCUACGUUUCGCUUGACCGACCGCAGUAUGUUUCUCUACACAAUCACAGUAAUCAACUGUGAAAAAUUUAGCUUUAGUAAAUUCAAAGAGAUUUUUCAGCGCUACCUCUCCGUCUAUAUAGGUAGGUAUAUAAAUAUAUCUUUAGAUAUAUUUAUGCAGACUGCAUUUGAUGUUUGUUCGAUUCUUGGCAAAACUUAAGAUGUGCCUACUCUUCUCUAUUGUGUUGUUGCUUUUUAUAUCACAUUUGCUUUUUUGCUGUUUUUAUAUUUCUUUGAUUUUCCUUGUUGUCUUCUGUUUCUAAAAUCUUUGGUUAGUUGUUAUAUCUUUAUCAUUUGUAAUUUUCAUAUUCGUGGAGUAUGUGAGAUAAAUGCAGUACGAGUAUACAUAUAUAUUUUAUUUAUUUGAACCGGUUACACUUAAUAUUUUAUAUAAGAUAGUCGUCCGGAAUAAGCUAACGUGUUGAAAAAGUGUAAACAUUUAUUUGCAAAAAUAGAUGUCCAUGAUUUUCAAGCAUAAUUAUUCCCCAUUUUUUCGUACUUCACUGGAACAUCAUACCUGGCAAAUUAACUAAGCCCUUUCCCAUAAAGGAACAUCCAUUCAUAAUGUGAUAAAGCAAAAUUUUACUUAUUACAAUUUUGUUCUUCAGGAAGUGUAACUCACGUGAACAUUUUUGUAGUUCAUUACUAAAUGUUGUAUUUUGUGUUGCCUACUUCGAAGGGCCAGUAUGUGCGAAUGGAUUACUAAUAAAAUUGCAGUUAAAACAACGGAAAGGGGUAAGGUAAAUGAGUAGUUAUUUUAGUAGGUGUAUAAGAUUAUGUUAUAUUUAGCUAUGUAAUGUUUAAUUAUAAAUAACAUCAAUAUUCUAAUAUUGUAACUGUAAGAAGUAUGAAAUUAUAGAUAAUCCCAACAAAAACAUGUAAAAACUUGUUUUGGGAAUAAUAUUUCCGUUCCAUAAAUGACCUAACGUGAGCACUGACAAUGGUUACGUUAGGUUUGAAGGAGGGAAUAAGUAUAUCAAGGGGGCAGUCUCUAGACAAAAGAAGGUUUAUGAGACUAGGACUAGUGUUUUGUCAUACUCUAUUCUGCUUCAUUUUUUAAAUUUUGAAAUAUUUAACUUUUAUGUGUGUAAUUACAGUAGUUUUAAGUAAGAGGAACAUUUGUAAAACUGUUCAAAUUUUCCUUUUUGACAGUUUAAACACUUAUAAAUCUACAUUAUUCUUUAAUACGAUUGUGUUUGCACAUUUUUAGAACCAAUGAGAUUAACGGAAAAUGUAAGUAGAUGUAUUGGAAAUUUUAGAUUAUAAAAAGUUCUUUGUAAUUUUUAAUUUGUUUGAAGUUUUAGAAAAAAAAAUGGUAUAGGUUUAGUGUUAAAAUGGGUUAUAAUAUAAUAAAUUUAUAAAAUUGUC